AUGGCGUUACCCGUUCAGUUCAACCGCGGUAUCCUAGCAAACGCUGGUUUUCUAACAGCCGGAAGUAUCGUGAAUUACACGUGCUAUAUCAUACAUGAUGUAGACCUUGUACCAAUAAAUGACCACAAUUUAUAUAGAUGCAGUGGGUACGGACCAAAACAUAUGAUAACACAAAAUUCUGCAUUUAAAAAUGGAAAGCUUCCGUACUCUGGAUACGUUGGUGGGGUAAUAGCAUUUACUACUUUGCAAUAUGCCAAAAUAAACGGGUUUUCCAACCUCUAUUUCGGAUGGGGAGGUGAAGACGACGAUAUGUAUAAACGAAUCCGUGCCAGAAACAUGACUCUUCAACGCCCUCCAGAUCAUAUUGGAGUAUUCCUGGCUCUAAAACACACACAAGAUUCAUCAAAUCCACCCAAUCCACAUAGGGAAAUGUUAUUAAAUCAAGCGGAAUACAGAAUUGAUAUUGAUGGAUUGUCGUCUAUUAAUUACAGCCGGAAGUCUCUCGAAUUUCGAACUCUCUACACGUGGAUUCUCGUAGACUGUAUCGAAGCCGAACUUUUAGAAAUGUAUCCAUUCUUAAGAGCUGACUCAAAGUUAAUGUCAAAGAAAGUCCAGGAAAAAAGACACCAUUUAACAGUUAUACAGUCAAAAGAUGGCGAAAUUAGGGAGAAUAGGUUUGUUUACCCAGGAAGAGUUCAAAUAAAUUAA